CGCUUGCGUUCUGUCAGAUGACGUAUGUUCCCUCCGAAUAGGCCCGAGUGUUUCCGGAGAGUCUCGACGGCAGACGCGACUGUUUCCGAAGCUGCGCAGUAAGCGGCGAGGCGAGUUGAGUGGAGCGGCCGCAAAGCUCAGGGUUUCCAAUAGCUGCCGGGUCCAGGGAGAAGGCAGCACCUUGGGAGCCGCGAAGCCCUUCGUGUGGCCCCUCUGACUGACACCCCACGAAGUCAGCCUGAUCAGCAACAGCCGUGAUUACCCAGGCGGCUUAACAGGAAAGCUUCCCGGAUCCGGCCUGCUCCGCUCCCUGGCCUGUGUGUGCUAGACAGAGAGGAAAGGUACGGAGGGAGGCCGGGAGUUGCCCCCGGUGCGGGACAUAGGGAGAGCGGCAGGCGGCUGAGGGAGGUGCGGGCCCGCGGGGGAUACCAAGCAAACAUGAUCAAACUAUUCACCCUGAAGCAGCAGAAGAAGGAGGAGGAAUCGGCCGGAGGCACCAAGGGGAGCAGCAAGAAGGCGUCAGCCGCACAGCUCCGCAUACAGAAAGAUAUUAAUGAACUAAAUUUGCCGAAGACGUGUGAAAUAGAAUUUCCCGACCAUGAUGAUCUCCUAAAUUUCAAGCUAGUCAUCUGCCCCGAUGAGGGUUUCUACAAGGCUGGAAAAUUUGUCUUCAGUUUUAAGGUGGGACAGGGCUACCCACAUGACCCGCCAAAGGUCAAAUGCGAAACCAUGGUAUAUCAUCCAAACAUAGACCUAGAGGGCAAUGUCUGCCUAAAUAUUCUAAGAGAGGACUGGAAGCCUGUACUUACAAUAAACUCUAUAAUUUAUGGCCUGCAGUAUCUCUUCUUGGAGCCAAACCCCGAAGAUCCCUUAAACAAAGAAGCUGCUGAGGUUCUUCAGAACAACAGACGCCUGUUUGAACAGAACGUGCAGCGGUCUAUGCGAGGCGGUUACAUAGGAUCCACCUACUUUGAACGCUGCCUGAAACAGAACUGAGCAGCUCUGAGUGUAAAACCCGCCAUCCAUCUGACCUGCCUUCCUGACCCCACCCCCCUCAUUCUCCCUCUCAACGCUCAUUCAUCGCACCACCAUCCAACAGACCCCUUAUUGCGGCUCUCUACUCCCAAAAAUACAGCCCGAGCUCCUGAUGUGGAAAGAAUGAAGUAAAGUCCUUGUGUCUUCUGAUUCCUGCUGCUAGCCCUCAUUUAAAGGGCACACUGCAUGCACAUAUUGCAGUACCUGCCACACCAUUAUUUUGUUCCUCGUUACCUCACUAUGCUCCCGUCGAGCAUUUGCUUAUCCUUUAGAUUAAUAAAUAUUUUCCCUCCAUUCACUCACUUUUUUCUUUUUCGUGCCGUCUGGAAAUCCCUAGCUCCAAUCCAUGCAAAUGGCCAACGAUUAAGAGCCAACCGAGUCCUAUUAUUUUUGCUAUUUAGCUAGAUUAUCUGCUAUGGCAGAGUUGUAAUAUCCCUUGGAUUGUUGUUACAGGCCUUUUCUUUACGUUGGCACACAGCAAUCUAUAUUUGAGGGACGUUUUUGUGGCCUUAAGCCUUAAAGAAUAAUUCUGGAUUUUUUUUUAUAUUUGUCCUUCAGAUCUUUAGCUCUCUCUCCUCGGUUCCCUUGCAGAAAUCAUACAGAUGUAAUGUAUAUAGUAGUCCAAUUUUUUUGACGUUGUGACCUUGUAAAGGCUCAUAAGGCAGGAGCUUCCGCAGAUGACCCGAUCUGUAAGUCUUUAGUGACAGGGCAGAGGUAAAGUAUGAAUGAGAUUCUCCAUCAUCUGUUCCCUUUGUCUUCUCCUUCGUCUCAUUCCUUCGCUGUAACCUAUUCCUAUACCGUUCCUUCCCUUUGUGUGGGAUCAAGAUUUCUUUAAGUGCACGUAUUUAUUAAUGAAUGGCUUCAGUCUGGUUCUUUACACAAUCUAAACGAGGGCUCUGCAUACUUUGCAUUUCCACAUGAGGUUACUUUGGGUGGCCCAGGGUCACGAUGGGCUAUGUACUCAUAAGCGUAGUGUGAUGCUACCAGUUUAAACAGGUUUUAAGGCCAUCGUCCAGCUGGCCCUUUAUUUGUGGCAGCCAUGCCCGGGCCCCGAUCAGUGCUCUAGAGCGACGGGGGCCCCCAAGACACCCUUUCAGUUUUAGAGCCUCGUUCACAAAACUCUGAUUGACGUAUAACUGCAGUAAUGGCUACAAUUGUUUUGUGAAUGAGACCCUUAGACCACGUGAUGUGUAUGGUUUUAAAUAAUAAAACAAAAAGACAAAAAAUAAAAUAAAAUGUAAACCUG